AUGAAGCAUCCACCGACUACAAGCCCACAACCAUCGGAUGAGGGACGACCAGCCUCCACCGUCGCCAGCAGAUGCGAGGACUCCACCACUCGCCACCUCCGAGACUUCGAUCGUCACUUUUCAUCCCAGCACAAGCUUCCUCUACCAUCGUCGCUCGCCGUUGCCACCGAAAUUGCUCCACUGAUGCGGCUUUCCAUCUCCAACCAGGAGACCGUGUGA